AGUCGUGCGGUUCGUGUAAUUUAAAGCCGUGUAAAACAUUUUUUAUUUGUAGAAUAUUUCGACGUUAAUGUAAAACAUGAAAUAGUGUCGUCUGUAGAGGAACAAUAUGUCAGCACGCACAAAUAGUGAGGUGCUCGCAUCGUCAUCAACGUCUGAUGGGCCGCGUCCACCACCGCGCCGUCGGGCCGCAUCGGUUGUGGGACAGCAUCAACAGAGUUUGGACUACAGCAAUGGACACGCGCCACGUAGAUCGCUAGCUGCAGUGAAUGAUAGUGGCGAGUCAAGCCACCUGCGUAUUGUUGUGCUAGGUGGCAAAUCUUUGGCAAAAAAGGACAUUUUUGGCGCAAGUGACCCAUAUGUUCGAAUCGAUUUAAAUACUAUAAACGGAGACAUAAAUAUUGAUUCAGUCUUAACUAAAACUAAAAAGAAGACAUUGAACCCAUCUUGGAAUGAGGAAUUCAUCUUUAGAGUAAAGCCGUCUGAGCACAAACUUGUAUUUCAAGUAUUUGAUGAAAAUCGUUUGACCCGUGAUGAUUUUCUUGGCAUGGUUGAGUUAACGUUGGUCAAUUUACCAACAGAGCAGGAAGGCCGUACGAUUGGAUCACAAAGUUAUACGCUGCGUCCGCGCAGGUCAGUAGGCGCUAAAUCUCGGAUUAAAGGUACUCUUGAUAUUUACCAUGCAUUUAUACGAGAAGCGCGCGAGCAGACGGAGCCAUCGAGUAACAACAGCGAUGGCGAGUGGGAGCACGUAGAAGCCACGAACUCUGAAGAGGCAUCAUCGCAGCCACAUGCGUUUCAAACUGGAGGAAAUGAUGCCUUGCCUGCUGGCUGGGAGGAAAGACAAGAUGCAAAUGGACGUACAUAUUACGUAAAUCAUACGGCGCGUACCACUCAAUGGGAGAGGCCUUCUGUACUAAAUACCAACAAUGUACAAAACAUUGAUCAGUUGGCCUCCGAUUUCCAAAGACGAUUCCACAUUAGUGUGGAUGAGACAGAGGGAGGACGCACAGCGAAUGAUGAGCCCGAUCACACUGACAGCCAAAAUCCAUCAGAGAACUCAGUCCCAUCCACGCGAAGAAAUUCCGAGGAAGACAAUGCUGCAAUGCCAACAGAUCAACCUCCAGUUGGUGAAGAGGAAGCCCUACCACCACGCUGGUCUAUGCAAGUCGCACCUAACGGUCGGACCUUCUUCAUUGAUCAUGAAGCGCGCAGAACAACUUGGAUUGACCCGCGUAAUGGUCGUGCUAGUCCAAUGCCUAAUCAAACUCGCCGUGUUGAGGAUGACCUGGGACCAUUGCCCGAAGGUUGGGAGGAACGUGUACAUACAGACGGACGCGUUUUCUACAUAGAUCAUAAUACGCGAACAACUCAAUGGGAGGAUCCUCGGUUGUCAAAUCCAAAUAUUGCAGGUCAGGCGGUACCGUACUCACGAGAUUACAAACAGAAAUAUGAAUAUUUUAAAAGUCAUAUCAGAAAACCUACAAAUGUACCAAAUAAAUUUGAAAUACGUAUACGCCGUACAUCGAUUUUGGAGGAUUCAUAUAGAAUUAUUAGUUCGGUCACGAAAACAGACUUACUAAAAACUAAACUAUGGGUGGAGUUCGAAGGAGAAACAGGAUUAGAUUAUGGAGGACUUGCUAGAGAAUGGUUUUAUUUACUAUCCAAAGAAAUGUUUAAUCCAUAUUAUGGACUGUUCGAAUACUCCGCUAUGGAUAACUACACUUUACAAAUAAACAAUGGCAGCGGUUUGUGUAACGAAGAACAUUUAAGUUAUUUUAAAUUUAUUGGCCGCAUCGCAGGCAUGGCUGUAUAUCAUGGAAAGUUAUUAGACGCUUUUUUCAUACGUCCCUUUUAUAAAAUGAUGCUACAAAAGCCCAUCGAUCUAAAAGAUAUGGAAUCUGUGGAUACAGAGUAUUAUAAUUCAUUGAUGUGGAUCAAAGAAAACGACCCACGCACAUUAGAGUUAACAUUUUGUCUUGAUGAAGAUGUAUUUGGCCAAAAAAGUCAGCAUGAAUUAAAAUCUGGCGGUGCAAAUAUUGAAGUGACAAAUGAGAAUAAGGAUGAAUACAUUAAACUUGUAAUUGAGUGGCGAUUUGUUGCUCGCGUUAAGGACCAAAUGAUGGCUUUCUUGGAUGGAUUUGGAUCCAUAAUACCUCUUAAUCUCAUUAAGAUUUUUGACGAACAUGAAUUGGAGUUACUUAUGUGCGGCAUACAGAACAUCGAUGUCCGGGAUUGGCGAGAAAAUACGUUGUAUAAGGGCGACUACCAUAUGAAUCACAUUAUUAUUCAAUGGUUCUGGCGCGCCGUCUUGUCCUUUUCAAAUGAAAUGCGUUCGCGUCUUUUGCAAUUUGUGACUGGAACUUCACGUGUGCCUAUGAAUGGUUUCAAGGAACUCUACGGUUCUAACGGGCCACAAAUGUUUACUAUUGAAAAAUGGGGCAGCCCUAAUAAUUAUCCCCGUGCCCAUACAUGCUUUAAUCGAUUGGACCUUCCGCCGUAUGAAGGAUACCUGCAACUAAAAGAUAAGUUGAUUAAGGCUAUUGAAGGAAGUCAAGGGUUCUCCGGAGUUGACUAAUCUCUGUUCAUCGUUGUGUCACUGAUCAUCAGUCGUAUCAAGAUCAGCGACACAGUGCAAUAAAACAGCUGCAACUUUAGAGCAUCCGCAUUAAAACUACUUUUCCUCCACCGCCAGUUAAUCGUGUACUUAUUUUGUUUGCUUGCUUUUGUAUAAUAAUUAUAAUUACCAAAUAAGUUUUGUUUCGUAUUUGUUAACGCUUGUAGCACAUAGUUGCAAAAUCGCAGUAUCAAAUCAAUUUCAAAUUUUCUGCAGACUGUAAAAACUCGCGACAAAUUAAAAUGUAUGUAUAUGCGUGUCUAUGAUUUUUGCCGUAAAUUGUAUAAAGAAAAAUCCCCAUUAAAAUAAAAAAAAUAUAUUGUAUGCAAAUA